GCGGCGUGAGGCAGCGGUGGUGGGCAGCGCUGGGCUGAGGCGGGAGGUUGGAAGGAGCAGAGCAGAGCACAGCAUAGCGUAGCACACCACACCCCACCCGUGAGCGGAGGCGGUUCUCCCUGCGGUCCCGCUCUGCGUUCGCCGUUGCAUCCGGCGAGGAAGGUGGUGCUGGUGACUCGCCGCCUCGGUCCGGGGCCUGCCGUCGCCAUGCCGCGCCGGGGGCGGCGGCGGGAACGCGGCAGCAGCAGCAGCAGCAGCGGGGGGCGUCAGCUGGUGCUGAGCAGGUUCUUCGAAGUGGUGGAGAGCGGCGGGCAGCAGAGCGGCCCGCGGAAGACGACUUGUGAACUUGGCACAAAAAGGAGAACAUCAACUGAAAGCCAUGAACCCUGUGAAAAGAAGGCCAAGGCACGACAAAGUACCCUAGAAGACAUCUGUAAGCCACUGAAGAUUCAGGAUAAAAAAGAACCACCUCAGAAGUGUGAAAAGCCCCAUAUAUCUUUGCAAACUCUAGAAAGACUGAGAGAAUUCCGCAGUGAUUCAGACCAGCAGUGUAGCAGAACCCUGGAGGAUAGCUCUCAGGAGAAAGAAUCCCAGAGUUUGGAAAACUGUCCCAGUUCAGAAUUGAAAAACCCUCUUCAGUCUGGGAACACUAGCUCAAAGGUUGCUCAGAAGGAGUCACGCUGUGAUCUUAGGCAGCCUUCUGCAUCUCUAAAGUCUUACAAAAGCACUCAAAGCACUUCACAUCUGAAUCUUAAUAAGAGAACCAAAAGCAUUUACACUCCACUAGAACUUCAAUUCAUAGAACUGAAGAAACAGCAUAAAGAUGCAAUUUUGUUUGUGGAAUGUGGAUACAAAUAUCGCUUCUUUGGAGAAGAUGCAGAGAUUGCAGCUAAAGAACUAAACAUCUAUUGUCAUCUGGAUCAUAACUUUAUGACUGCCAGUAUACCGAGUCACAGGCUCUAUGUCCAUGUGCGGCGCCUUGUAGCAAAAGGAUAUAAGGUUGGAGUAAUCAAACAAAUGGAAACUGCAGCACUGAAGGCUGCUGGAGAAAAUAAAAGCUCUCUCUUCAGCCGGAAACUGACUGCUCUCUACACACAAUCUACGCUUAUUGGAGAAGAUGUGCACCCUUUGAACCUAGAUGCUUGUGUAGAUAUUGAAGAUGUAACAACAGAUGUCCCUGAUAACUACCUUCUCUGUAUCUGUGAAAAUGCAGAAAACUUAAAAGACAGUAAGAAAGGUGACAUUGUUAUGGGCAUUGUGGCAGUCCAACCAACUACUGGAGAAGUAAUUUUUGACAGUUUUCGGGACUGUGUAUCUCGCUUAGAAUUGGAGAGUCGGGUUUUGCACCUGCAGCCAGCUGAAAUAAUACUUCCACCUAGAUUGUCAGAUCAAUCUGAAAAGUUCAUCAACAGUAUAACCUCCAUGAGGUUACGGGAUGACAGAAUUAGGAUAGAAAGGAUGGAAAAACUCCAUUUUGAAUACAGCCAUGCUUUCCAGCUGAUUACUGAUUUUUAUGCAAAAGAAGUACCUGGUACGACAGGUCCUCAAAAGCUAUCUAUAGUACUAAGCUGGGAUAAGCCUGUUAUUUGCUCUCUGGCAGCAGUAAUUGCAUACCUCAAAGACUUUAAUUUGGAAAAGAUACUUUACAAUCCAAGCAAUUUCAAACAGUUGUCAAGUAAAACUGAAUACAUGACAAUUAAUGGGACAACAAUGAAAAAUCUUGAAAUUUUACAGAAUCAGACUGAUAUGAAAAUAAAAGGAAGCCUAUUCUGGGUCUUGGAUCAUACUAAAACUUCCUUUGGACGCCGGAGAUUGAAGAAAUGGUUAACCCAGCCACUCAUGAAAUGCAGUGAAAUAAAUGCCCGGCUUGAUACUGUGUCUGAAAUUCUACUGUCAGAAUCCGGUGUGUUUGGUCAGAUUCAAAAAAUUCUUUGUAAGCUGCCAGAUAUAGAGAGAGGCCUCUGCAGUGUUUUUCACAAAAAGUCCUCAACCCAAGAGUUCUUCAUCUUGGUCAGCACCCUGUCUCGUCUGGAGUUGGAAAUUCAAGCUCUUGUUCCAGUCAUACAAUCUCAUGUGAAAACUCCUCUAUUACGGAAUGCACUGUUGGAAAUCCCAGAUCUUCUCUCCCCAGUAAAACAUUAUUUAGAGGUCAUUAAUGAAGAAGCAGCCAAGGCUGGAGAUAAAACCCAGGUGUUCAAGGACCUUACAGACUUCCCUGCCAUCAAAAAGAAAAAGGAGGAGAUCCUGGAUGUGCUUUCUAAAAUGCAAUUGCAUCUGCUGGGUGUUCGUAAACAGAUUAAGAAUUCUUCUGUAGAGUAUGUUACAGUUUCUGGUCAAGAGUUUUUGAUAGAAGUCAAGAAUGCCCAUAAAGCAUCUGUGCCAACUGACUGGGUUAUGAUUAGUAGCACAAAAACUGUCAGCCGUUUCCACUCUCCAUUUAUUAUAGAAAAUUACAGACAUCUGAAUCAGCUCCGGGAGCAGCUAGUCCUUGACUGCAGUGCUGAGUGGAUGAAUUUUUUAGACCAUUUUAGUGAACAUUAUUACCCUGUCUCUAAAGCGAUUGGUCACCUAGCAACUAUCGACUGUCUGUUCUCAUUGGCCCAGGUGGCUAAACAAGACGACUAUUGCAGACCAACUGUGCAAGACGAUCAGCGAAAAAUAAUUAUAAAAAAUGGGAGGCACCCUGUGAUUGAUGUACUACUGGGAGAACAGCAACAGUAUGUUCCAAAUACCACUAACCUUUCAGGAGAUGGUGAAAGGGUCAUGAUAAUAACUGGACCCAACAUGGGAGGAAAGAGCUCUUAUAUAAAGCAAGUUGCAUUGAUCACAAUCAUGGCGCAGAUUGGUUCUUAUGUUCCUGCAGAAGAGUCGACAAUUGGUGUUGUGGAUGGUAUUUUUACCAGAAUGGGUGCCACAGACAACAUCUACAAAGGCCGAAGUACCUUUAUGGAAGAACUGACAGAUACUUCUGAGAUAAUAAGAAAAGCAACUUCAAGAUCACUAGUAAUUUUGGAUGAAUUGGGAAGAGGAACUAGCACACACGAUGGAAUCGCUAUUGCUUAUGCUACACUUGAACAUUUUAUUAGAGAUGUAGAGUCACUGACACUGUUUGUCACUCACUAUCCCUCAGUUUGUGAGCUAGAGAAGGCGUAUCCAGAAAAAGUUGGUAAUUACCACAUGGCUUUCUUGGUGAAUGAGGAGGAAGGUGCUGAACAAAAAGGAUCUGAAGAUGAAGAGAAUCCUGAAUUUAUCACUUUUCUUUAUCAAAUAACUAAAGGAGCCUCUGCAAGAAGUUAUGGGCUAAAUGUUGCCAAACUGGCAGAUAUUCCUGUAGAAAUCUUGAAGAAGGCAGCUCUCAAAUCAAGGGAGUUGGAAAGAAAAAUGAACACAAAAAGAAAAAUGCUGAAGUCCUUUGCUGAAGCAUGGAAGAUAAAUGAUUCUCAGGAUCUACAAAAAUGGAAAACUAUGUGGGAAUCUGAAGAUGAAAGAAAAGACAAUUCUUAAUCCUCAAAUCAUGCUUAAAGAUGGAGAAUAUUGGAGAUGCAAAAUAUACGUCUAGAGACUAAUAGAUUCUGUCAGCCUGUAGUUCUAGGUGCAUUAAGUUGACUCCUCUGCCUUUUGAGAGAUGAGGUGCUUCAUUGUCGUAUGAUGCCCCACGUCCACUUCCAGCUUGUAUGUAACUUUCUCACUCCACUGUCCUCACCUGAAGUGCUUUCCCCACUUUUCCUUAACUGCAAAACUACUGGCAUUGGAUUUAGUUUCUAAUAUAUUUAGAAAACAUGGAAAAUUAUGUUAGUAAAUUUUAUUAGAUAAAUCUUUUAUAAAGAAUGUCUUUUAACUUUACUGUACUUCAGUUUCUGAAGAAGUAUUCCUCUGCGUUGGGAAAAUGUAGCUCAGUCCUGACUGCUAUACUGCUGUGUUGGGAAAAUGUAGCUCAGUCCUGACUGCUAUACUGCUGUGUAAUCAGUAAGAAUGAAUACCAUAGAGAGAUUUUUGUUGUUAUUCUAAAAUUAAUGCAUUUAAAAUUCACAGGUUUUGUAGAGCACCUGCUAAAUUUUAUGUGCACAAUGAACUGAAGAAAGUGUGUGUUAUGUGGCUGGAUAGGAGAGUUUAGUUUCUACUGAUGAGAUUGAUGAUGGUUCCACUAGUAGUUUCCAAAGUAGUAGCACAAAACAUGCAUUGACUGUGUUUCAUUUUCCCUUUUCUUCAUUCUCCUACACACCUGCUUCCUUUUCAGCUUCAGUUUUUCUCCUGAUCUUGGCCCUCUCUGGCACAGUCGGAAGAAAGACUUACUUUAAAUAAUGUUGGAGUAUUGUAAGAUGAGGUGAAGGAGGCAAUUCAAACUAUGCAAUUGGCAUCCCCAGUGCUCUGUCAAAUGCAGAGUAAAGCUGGGAAAAACAAAUGUCUUUUUAUUAUUUGCAGUUAUCAAGUCCAAAUUUCAAAUGGGAAUGUAAUAUCCAAGUUGGUUUUCCUUUGUAAAUGUGCUGGUUUGGCUGAGAAAGAGUUAAUUCUCUUCAUUGUAGCACCUGUGGUAGUCAGGGGCCUUCCUGGCUUCCCACACUCUGCCACAUGGGCAAGAGAGGCGGGGCCACGGCCAAGAUGUUCAUUCCAUGCCAUGUGACACCAUGACCAGCACAUUAAUGGGGCAGUUGGCGCACGGGGGGCGGUUGCGACUUGGGGACUGGCGGUGUCGGGUCAGUGGGCGGUGAGCGGCUGCAUCACAGGCUGUUGGUUUUGCUGGUUCAUCCCCCCACCCCCGCCCCAGGUUUCAUGCCUCUCCUUGUUUUCCUUUCAAUUGCAUCAUGGUUGCUGUUGUUAUCGUUUUAUUUUAAUUAUUAAGUUGUUCUUAUCUCAACCCAUGAGCAUUGCCCUUCCAAUUCCCUCCCCCGUCCCACCAGUGUUGGAGUGAGCAAGCGACUGUGUGGGGCUGAGUUGCCGGCUGAACCACAACAGUCUCUUUUGGCGCCUAACAUGGGCCUCAGGGUUUGAGAUAAAAACAGCUGCUGGUCACAGCACCAUGUUCUCAUGUUUGCAGUUCAUGUUAUGGAUUGAUGUUGGUUUCUUUAGAUCAUUAGUGAUGUUUUGCCUAAGAAAUUUGUUAUGCAAACACUGGUUUUCAGCUUUAUCUGGUAUUUGGGGUUUUUGCUGGAACGGUUACGGUAGUUUGGAUACCACCUUGUUGAGGCAAUUAGCAAUUAUACCUCCUCCCCUGAGAGAUUUUAUAUGGAGGAAAUACAGAAGGGUAUCUUUGCUACUUUCUUCUGUGAUGUCUCCACCUUUAUUGCAACAACCUUUUUGUAUCGUGAACAUCCUUGGGUAGCUAAGAUACACUUACUGUUAGGUUUUGGGCAUGUUGUUUUGGUUUUGACUAAGGUUAGAAAGCAACUUAAGAAUAUCACUCAGAGAUCUGCCCCAAGGCUUGAUAGUUAUGAGCGGCAGGGCAUGUGGGAUAGCAUGGGCAAAUACCUAGGGCAGGGGGUAACCACAGUGUUUUGGAGUUUCACCCCUGAACAAGAGCAGAAUCCUGAAAAACUAGCAGAAUAUUUGGAGAAAGUAUGUUGUUACGCUGGGAACUCCAGAGAGACACAGAUAACUGCAACAUGCUGGGGUCUGGCCCAUGCAUACCGAGCCCUGCUCAACCGUAUUCAGUGCUCCAAAGGGGAAGAGAAGAUCUCUGGAUUGCAAGACAAAGUGACAGGCACUGCGGCCACUCAAACCCCCAGGACAAGCACUGUGGCUACUCAAACGCCCACGAUAGGCACUGGAGCUGAAUCAGAGAAUCAACCCAUGCCAGUGUCAGUUGCCCCCAUACACAAGAAGAAAUUUUGGUAGCAAAAGUCAACUCAUUUAGAAAGGGAUGAUGAAGAAGCAGGGCCAUCACAAUGAGAAGAGGAGGAAAAAGUUAUAAAUAAAAUGGAGACGACCUGAUUCCUGUCCUUGAGUGAGCGGAGAUAUGCAAAAAGAUUUCAGCCAUCAUCUAGGUGGGCAGAUUGCCACCUGGCUGCUCCGAUGCUGGGAGAACAGGGCCAGUAGCCUGGAAUUUAGAGGGGAAAGAAACCAAACAACUGGGAUCCCUUUCUGGGGAAGGGGGCAUUGACAAAGCAGUUGGAAAAGGGACACAAGCCCUCAGAUUAUAGAGGUGACUCCUGUCCGGAGUGAAGGAAAGGUAUCCCUUCAAAGAUGAUGUUACAUGUCACCUAGGAAAAUGGACAACUAUGCAGAAAGGCAUCCAGUAUCUAAGGGAAUUAGCUGUGCUUGAGGUGAUUGAUGGUGACCUGGACGAUCAGCUGUCAUCCAGAGAUCCAGAUGAAGCCGAGUGCGCAUGACCCAUGUGGUGGAAGUUUGUACAGAGUGCACCAUCCUCGUAUGCAAACUCAUUGUCUGUAAUGUCCUGGAGAGAGGACGAGACACCAACAGAGGCAGAUGUGACUGAUAGACUCUGGGAUUACGAAGCAAAUAUCUCUUCCUCCCUCAUCUCUGCUAUGGAGAAACUAUCCCAAGAGGUCCAGCAACUCAAAGAAGAUAUGUCCUGCUCCCCACCUCUCCUAACAGCUGAGACACUACUCUGUAAUAAGCACCCUUUGGCUCAAAGGAGAGGAUGCACACCAUGGGCCACCCUAUGGUUCUACCUGCGUGACCACGGAGAGGACAUGAGGAGGUGGGAUGGAAAACCUACCUCAACCCUAGAGGCAUGGGUUUGUGAGCUGCAAGGAAGAACAAUCACUCACAGGGGUUCUUCUGGGAAAGCUGCUGCUCCAAUUUCCAGUAAGCAAGUCCCCAUACAGAAAAGUAGAAGCGCUGAUUUUAUUUCUGAGCUUAAUAGAGAGACUCUUGAUUCACAUUUACAGGAAGUGAGUUGCAAGACCGAGACUAGAGGGGCCCUGCCUCCAGCCAGGUGGAGGAAAGGGAUAACCGGGCUUACUGGACUGUGUGGAUGUGAUGGCCUGGCACAUCUGACCCACAGGAGUAUAAAGCUUUAGUGGACACCGGCGCACAGUGCACCUUAAUGCCAUCAAACUAUGUAGGGGCAGAAGCCAUCAGCAUUGCUGGAGUGACAAGGGGAUCCCAAAGGCUAACUGUAUUGGAAGCCGAAGUGAGCCUAACUGGGAAUGAGUGGCAAAAGCACCCCAUUGUGACUGGCCCAGAGGCUCCGUGCAUCCUUGGCAUAGACUACCUCAGGAGAGGGUAUUUCAAGGACCCAAAAGGGUACAGGUGGGCUUUUGGUGUAGCUGCCUUGGAGACGGAGGGAAUUAAACAGCUGUCUACCUUGCCUGGCCUCUCAAAGGACCCUUCUGUUGUGGGGUUGCUGAAGGUCAAAGAACAACAGGUGCCGAUCGCCACCACAACAGUGCACCGGCGGCAAUAUCGCACCAACAGAGACUCUCUGAUCCCCAUCCAUGAGCUCAUUGACUGACUGGAGAGCCCAGGAGUCAUCAGCAAGACUUGCUCACUCUUUAACAGUCCCAUAUGGCCAGUGCAGAAGUCUAAUGGAGAGUGGAGGCUAACAGUAGACUAUCGUGGCCUGAACAAAGUCACUCCACCGUUGAGUGCUGCUGUGCCAGACAUGCUAGAACUUCAAUACGAACUGGAGUCCAAGGCAGCCGAGUGGUAUGCCACAACUGAUAUCGCUCAUGCAUUCUUCUCAAUCCCUCUGGCAGCAGAGUGCAGGCCACAGUUUGCUUUUACUUGGAGGGGUGUCCAGUACACCUGGAAUCGACUGCCCCAGGGGUGGUGUCAUGGUUUUAGCUGGGAUAGAGUUAAUUUUCUUCACUCUAGCUGGUAUAGUGCUGUGCUUUGAACUUAGCAUGGAAAAAAAUGUUGAGAUAACACAGAGAUGUUUUGGCUGUUGCUGGGUAGGGCUUGUACUAGUCAAGGACAUUUCUAGCUUCCCAUGCUCUGCUGGGUGCACAAGAAGCCGGGAGGGAAGGGGGCACAGCUAAGAGAGCAGAUUCAGACUGACCAUGUAACAUCAUGCCCAGUAUGUUAACUGGGAGGGGCUGGCCGGGGGAGGGAGGCAGCAAUUGCGGCUCGGGGACGGGCAGUGUUAGUCGGCGGGUGGUGAGCGGUUGUAUCGUUCAUGUUUCUGUGGUUUUUUUCCUUUUUUUCUUUCCGUUCCUUUUCCAUUUUAUGAUAUUAACAGUAUUAUCAUUAUUAUCAUUAUUAUUAGUAUUAGUAUUUUAUUGUAAUUAUUAAACUGUGCUUGUCUCAACCCACAAGUUCGUUUGCUCGUCCGAUUCUCUUCCCCAUCCCACAGGGGUGGGGGGGGAGCGAGCGAGCGGCUGCGGGGUGUUCAGUUGCCAGCUGAGGUUGAACCACGACAGGUGGAAACACAGCACUACCAUUUGCCAUGGACUGAUCCAGACUGCAGUGGAACAGGGUGGAGCUUCGGAACACCUUCAGUACAUUGAUGUCACCAUCCUGUGGGGCAACACGGCAGAAGUUUUUGAGAAAGGAGAGAAAAUAGUCCAAAUCCUUCUGAAAGCUGGUUUUGCCAUAAAACAAAGUGAGGUGAAGGGACCCGCACAAGAGAUCCAGUUCUUAGGAAUCAAAUGGCAAGAUGGUCGUUGUCAGAUCCCAAUGGAUGUGAUCAACAAAACAGCAGCCGUAUCUCCACCAACCAGCAAAAACGAAACUCAAGCUUUCUUGGGCGUUGUGGGUUUUUGGAGAGUGCAUAUUCCACACUACAGUCUGAUCGUAAGCCCUCUCUAUCAAGUGACCCAGAAAAAGAAUGAUUUCAAAUGGGGCCCUGAGCAUCAACAAGCCUUUGAACAGAUUGAACAGGAGAUAGUUCAUGCAGUAGCCCUUGGGCCAGUCCGGGCAGGACAAGAUAUAAAAAAUGUGCUUUACACCACAGCCGGGGAGAAUGGCCCUACCUGGAGCCUCUGGCAGAAAGCACCAGGGGAGACCCGAGGUUGACCCCUAGGGUUUUGGAGUCGGGGAUACAAAGGGUCCGAAGCCCGCUAUACUCCAACUGAAAAAGAGAUAUUGGCAGCAUAUGAAGGGGUCCGAGCUGCUUCAGAAGUGGUUGGUACUGAGGCACAGUUGCUCCUGGCACCCUGACUGCCAGUGCUGGGCUGGAUGUUCAGAGGGAACGUCCCCUCUACACACCAUGCAACUGAUGCUACGUGGAGUAAAUGGGUUGCACUGAUCACCUAGCGGGCUUGAGUAGGAAACCCCAGUCGCCCAGGAAUCUUGGAAGUGAUUAUGGACUGGCCAGAAGGCAAAGAUUUUGGAUUCUCACCAGAGGAGGAGGUGACACGUGCUGAAGAAGCUCCCCUGUAUAACAAUUUGCCUGAAAAUGAGAAGCAGUAUGCCCUGUUCACUGAUGGGUCCUGUUGCCUUGUGGGAAAGCACCGGAGAUGGAAGGCUGCUGUACGGAGUCCUACACGACAAGUCGCAGAAACUGCUGAAGGAGAAGGUGAAUCGAGCCAGUUUUUAGAGGUAAAGGCCAUCCAGCUGGCCCUGCCCAGUCAGAACUCUCACAUACUGUGGAAGGGGAUAGAGUCCGUGUAGUGCACGUAAAAAAUAUGCUGGGCAAAACAGUCUGGGUUCUUCCUGCCUCAUGCAAAGGCAAACCCAUUCAUGGGACUGCUUUUGCUUGAGGACCUGGGUGCACUUGGUGGGUGAUAUGGGAGGGUGGAGGAGUCCGGUGUCUCAAGGGGAUUUGAUUUUGGGUGAAAACAGCCGAACUGAAUGGCAUAAUGCAAACUGCUAUGUAAUAUUGUAUGUCAUCUCUUCUGUGGUUGCUAUAUGCCAUAUCAAUGAUAUCACAGUAGAAAUCUCCCAAUUCAUGGAAGAUGAACUUUGAUGGAACAAAGUGCAGCAGUGAUGGAAGGAUGACUGACUUGGUAUGCAGCAACCCAACGCCACACACACCAUCUCUCCCGUCCUGAAAGACUGAUAUGACAGAUGGAGCCCAGAGUCAUGGACGGGGUGAACUCGAUGGACAUUUUUAUGGACAUUUUACAGGGAAGGUCCAUAAACUAAGGGAAUUAUGUCUAUGUAUUUUGUCAAAGGAUGGGAUGGGAAGGGGAGGGGUGGUGUUGGUAAUGUGGUAUUGGAUGGUAUGGGACCUGGCAUGGCGUAAAUGGCAUGGAAUAAGGGGUGGAUAAUGUGCUGGUUUUGGCUGAGAAAGAGUUAAUUCUCUUCACUGUAGUGCCAGUGGUGGUCAGGGACUUUUCCAGCUUCCCGUGCUCUGCCACCACAGGGGCAGGAGGCCGGGAGGGGCGGGGCCACGGCCAAGACACCUGACCCCGACUGGCCAAUGGGAUGCUCACUCCAUGCCACGUGACGCCACGACCAGCACAGUAACCGGGGCAGUUGCUGCGCAGGGAGCGGUUGUGGCUCGGGGACUGGCGGUGUCGGGUCAGUGGGCGGUGAGCAGCUGCAUCAUGGGCUGUUUGUUUUGGUUGUUCAUUUCCCCCCAGCACUGGGUUUCAUGCCUUUCUCAUUGUUUUCCUUUCCAUUGUAUCAUUGUUGCUGUUGUUGUUGUUAUCGUUUUAUUUUAAUUAUUAAAUUGUUCUUUCCUCAA